AUGAACAACACCAGCACCGACGGCAACUGCGGGUCCAACUCCGACACCAACGCGACGUGUCUAGGCUCGACGUACGGAGACUGCUGCUCGUCGAAAGGAUACUGCGGCGAGACGUCCGCGUACUGCGCUGAAGGAUGCCAGCUCGACUUUGGAGAAUGCAGUGACGGAAGUGUCCAGACGAUAAGCACGACAGGCAGUUGUGGCUCGACCAAGACCAGCAAUGUCACUUGCUUAGGGAGUACAUACGGCGACUGCUGCUCGGGCAAGGGAUACUGUGGAGGGAACUCGAGCUACUGCGGAUCUGAAUGUCAAUCGGCAUUUGGCAAUUGUGGUCUCGACGCUAUGACUGCGAGUCCCAGUUCCAGUCCCAGUUCCAGUCCCAGUUCCAGUCCCAGUUCCAGUCCCACUGCUUCAGAAGAGGACGGGUUGAGCAGCGGUGCAAUUGCGGGCAUCAGUGUCGGCGCUGCGGUGGGCGGACUGGCCAUAAUCGCGCUGCUGGUUUUUUUCUUCAUCCGGAGGAGGAAAGCAAUCUCCGGUGAAGCCGAAAGGACAGACGAGAAGACAGACAUCAAACAAGGCGUGUCAGAGAGGCACGAGAGACACGAGCUGAACGCGGAGCACCUGCACGAGAUGGAGGCAAAGGGGCCCACACAAGCUCCUGUUGAGCUGCCGAGUCAUUAG